UGUUUUUUUCCCAUGAUGCUUUGUCCAUCAUGGCGGCCCCGUGCUGCAGGCAUGUGAAUACACACGUUUUGAGUUUUACAAACUAAUUUAAGGGCUGAAUGAAUAUUUUUUAAUCGUGGGUGACUUUGGAAUAUAAUUUUAUUGGAUACACGCAGCGAGGCAAAGAUGAAGAUCAAAUCCAAGUCUUCCUAUCACAAAUCUGAGAACACUUACAGGUUCCUCACUUUUGCUGAAAGACUCUCCAAUGUCAACAUCGAUGUCAUCCACCGCAUCGACAGAACCGGAUCAUACGCAGAGGAAGUAGAAACCUAUUUCUUUGAAGGGCUGAAAAAAUGGAGAGACCUCAACUUGACGGAAAAUUUCACUACGUUUUUGAAGGAGGUCUCCAACAUGAGCCAGUCAUUCAACUUAUUGGUUUUCCACCAGAAGUUUAUAGUGGAAAGUCUGAAAACACACUUGGCAGUCAAGUGCAGUCUUGCCUAUGAACCUCUGCUCGACCUUGUGGUGCAGCUGGCCAGAGACCUGCAGACCGACUUCUACCCUCACUUCCCGGACUUCUUCACAUUGAUUACAUCAAUGCUGGACACUAAGGACACAGAGGUGCUGGAGUGGGCUUUCACUUGCCUCUCCUACCUGUACAAGUACCUGUGGCGGCUUAUGGUGAAAGACAUGGUCAACAUAUACAGCUUGUACAGCACACUAUUGGAGCACAAGAAGGAGCAUAUCCGCAAGUUUGCAGCAGAGAGCUUCACAUAUCUGAUGAGAAAGGUUCCAGAUCUCGAUGCCCUCCUAACUCACGUCUUCUCCGACCUGUGGCAGCACCCCGACAAGGCCGAGGGAGCCGGCCAGCUGUUGUUUGAGAUGUGCAAAGGAGUCCGACACAUGUUUCACUCCUGUGCUGCAACUGCUCUACCCACUGCUUUGCGGAAGCUCGGACCCACAACCAACAAGGGAGUGCCUUUGCCGUGGGACCUGGCGCGAGAUGCUUUGGAUCAAACAGCCCAGGCUGCAGCCGGUUAUGUAGAGAAAGAGCACUUCUUGGUCUUUUGGGAGUCGCUACAGGCCAGUGUGGCAGAGGUCCAUUCUGUCAUGGAGGAGGCCAAGGAAGAAGAAGCUGAAUCAGCAGGAGAGCAGCUCCAAAGGCUGCUGUUUAUCCUCCACACAUUAGUGUCUCACAAAGAUGGAGCAAAGAUCACUAAGCCGGAGGACGUCUGCCAGACCGUGUUGCAUCUGAUUCAGAGUACGGCGCUCCAAGCUCCCUGUUCACGGCUGCUUCUCCAAAUUGUCUCGUCCUUGCUCCUUGGGGAGAACAUCAUCCUCCCCAGGGCUCUCAUCCAGGAGAUAAUCCACAAAGUGUUUGGCAGCACAUUGGGAGAGGAUCUGAUCCUGGAGUUCACCAAGGAGAUGUUCACCAUGAAAGAGUUUGAGCAGCUGUUCUUGCCCACUCUCCUGCACUUCACCACUGGCUUGUUUGCCUGCGGCGACCCCCUGUCACGCCAUCGCGCCUUGGAGGUCCUAGUCAGCCUCAUCCUGGCCAAAGCCCCGCCCCCUACAGAUGGCUCCAUGGCCUUUGAGACAUACCCGCUUCUCUUCACAGGACAGACCACCGGCGUGUUCAUUCACAAGGAGGCGGGCAAAGGCGUGCUCGAGCAGCCUGCAGUGCCAGAGAUGGUUCUGUCGCUCAUUGCGCUUCCCGAGGAGCGGAACGGGCCUAUCACGGAUCUAUCGCUACCGUGGAGUGCACUGGUGCUGCUGCCGCACCUCAGGCCUCUUGUUGCAGCUAAUGUCUUCCCGGCCGUCACUUCCUUUUUAAACCACCUCUUGUGUGAAAUCGAGCAGGAAAAAUUGGAAAAAGCUGGUCUGUUUGUGGCCACACAAGCUCUCAGCUGCCUCCUCACUUUGGAUAGCUCCGACCAGCUGCUAUCUCUGGUCCCCGUCAACAAAAUCACCUGCAUCCUCCGGAAGUUCCCAUCAGAGCUGUCAUCCUUGCUGUUAGGAGACCUGUAUUACACCCGCCUCUCCCUCAGUGGUGCCUCGCAGCACCUUUCCCAUGAUGCACUGCUGGAUAUUUACCAGAUCCUGCACGGCAACCUGUCCUCCAACAUAUCAAAGAUACGCCUGCUAACCCUGAGGCUCUUUUCACAAUUCGAGCCACAGCUUCCUGCUUCGGAAGAGCCUGAUGAGAAUAUGAAUGUGCAGCUGGUGUUCGCCUCGUGCCUGCAGGCGGAGCUGGUGCCAGCCUCGGUUCAGGACUACCGAGAGAAGCUGCUGCACUUGCGGAAGCUGCGGCACGACCUGGUGCAGCGCAGCCUGCCGCAGGGACCACGCGGAACCUUCCAGCAGGUGCCGCUGCGUUACCUCCUAGCAAUGCUCUUCAUCAACUUCAGGCCACUAUGGGAUCCUGUUAUUGAACUUCUUGGGAGUCACGCGAGAAGCAUGGACAACAAAGACUUCUGGAUGGUGUACCAUGAACAUCUGGUCAAUGUGGCAGGAUUAGCCGAAAAAGAACUACAGGGGAGUAGUGAUGAUGACGAUGAAAGCAACGAUGAAGCCAUGGACGUCCAGGGUGAGCCAGGUUGCGACGUCAUCGAAAGCGGCGAUGUGGGGGUGCUGUUCCUGGAGCAGCUCAAGUUGGCCUCGAAUGCCAAUGACAGGACGGACUUCCCCAACUUCCGGAGCCUGAUGUGGCGCGCCAUGGCCCAGUUCCCGGACAGGGUGGAACCCCGCAGCCGGGAGCUGAGCCCUCUGCUGCUUAGGUUCAUCCGGAAUGAGUUUUACCCUGCCGACCUGCUGGUGGCACCCACUCAAGACCUGAGAAAAAAGAGGGACCCUGCCUUGGAGGAAGAGGAACAGCAGGCGGAAGAAGGGGAAGAAAAUAAUGAGGAAGAGGGCAAACAGCAGAGGAAAGCGCCACCACGGAGAGCGGCUGCAAAACAGCUGAUCGCCCACCUCACUGUUUUUUCCAAAUUCACCAAUCCUUGUUCACUCUACAUGGAGAGCAGCCUGCGAGAACUCUAUAACCAACUCCUCUGCCAUCAGGAUCAGCAAAUUCAGCGAGUGGCUCUUGAGUGUGUUCUCACGUACAAAGACCCAAGCAUAGUCCCGUACAAAGAGAAUCUGCAGAGGCUGCUCGACGACAAGCACUUCAAAGAAGAAAUUGUCCAUUUUAACAUCUCAGAGGAAACGGGAGUCGUCGAUGCUUCACACAGAGCUGAACUCAUUCCGUUACUCAUGAGGAUCCUCUUUGGUCGUCUGCGCAGCAAAGGCGGGAGUCGCUUCCAGGGGAAGGCCAGCGCCGCCACACGCUCCUCCAUCAUCCUGCGCUUCCUGGCCAGUUGCCAGACGGAGGAGCUGGGAAUGUUUAUCAACCUGCUGCUGGAGCCCGUCUGCCAUCAUGGCCAGGGUUCCUGUUCGUCUGCAGUGGAGAGAGCGGUGGCCGUGACUGACAUAAGUGCUGUGCUGCCGCUGGGCCGUCAGCACAGCCUGAUGAACAUCAUCGACAUUGUCAUCCAGAAACUGGGCCACCUCAUCGAAACCUACCUGCCCAAAUUGCUCCAAAUCCUACUGUGUGUCACUGCGUCCGUGUCCACCAUCCUGGAGAGGAGGGAACAGGUGCGGCCUGGUUGCAUCAGUCCUCUGAAAAACCUGAGGCAACUCGGCAUCCUGAAGAUCCAGGAUUUUUUUGACAACUUUGACACCUUCAAAUUUGUCCCCGAUCAGCUGGAUGGCAUCUUCAUGGCCGUUGUCUGGCCUCAGUUGAGUCGCCUCAGAACAGAGAGCACCUACUCGCCCACUCCACUGCUGAAGCUCAUCCAUGUGUGGUGCAAAAAUGCCAGGUACUUCCCUCUUUUGGCCAAGCAGCGCCCAGACAACCCUGAAUGCGACGUCCUCCUAAACGUCUUUGCCCUCCUCUCUGCCAAGAACGUUUCCCCAGCCACCAUCGCCGUGGUUAUGGACAUAGCAGAGUCCCUCGCAACCACAGAGGACUUUGUCGCAACGGACAUGGUAACCGAGAUGAGCAUAAACGGCUGUGUGUUCCCACAGCCUGCAGAGGGCGGCCUUGCAGCAGACUCAUUAACACAAGGCUCCAGGCUGCUUCUGCCUCACAUCUCCACCCUGUUGCAGUACCUCAGCGGAGUGGUCCGCAACAGCGACAGGCUCAAGAAGAAAAAGUUCCGCCCGCAGGUGUCGAAGGAACUCAACAUCCUUUCCAAGGUCAGCCGGUUUGUUAGUGAUAAGGAGCAGAGUUCAACCCUCAUCAGGCUCUUACUGCCUCACCUGCAGAAAGGCAACAACCCUCAAGAGACAGAACUCGACAUCCUGGCCACCGUUCAGAACCUGCUGCAGCAGUGUGUGCAGCCCUCCGCCUUCCUGCAGCAGCUCAGCAAACUCUUCUCCGUCAUUCACAACAAGCUGCCUAGGCAGGCGCUCACCAGCGUCUUCCAGACUCUGUCAGACCUGGACCCUUCGCUUAAAUACAUCACUGACAUGGCCACAAAACUCAACGCCUUCGACAGUCGCCACUUGGACGAGGUUUACUUCGACGUGCGCCUGACAGCUUUCCAGGACGCCACCAAGCACGUGAGAGAAAUGAAGACGCUGGACCUGGACUACAUCGGCACAGUCAUACACAACUGCUUCCACACUUAUGAGAUUGGUGAUAUGUCUCUGGGAGACAACGCCACCUUGUGUCUGUCAGCAAUAAUAAGACAGCUGGCAGAAGUUGGCGCCGGAGAGCAGAUCUUCAGGGACGUUGUCCAGCACACCAUCUUGGACGCCGUACACAAGGGGCUACGUAGCAAGACGGAGAGCAUACAGCAUGAAUACACCAGCGUACUCGCCUGCCUGGUGAAGAACUUCCCCUCAAAGAAGGAGUUCCGAGACCUGGUGCAGCUCACCGACUACAACGACCCAGAGUCGGACUUCUUUGAGCACAUGAAGCACAUCCAGAUCCACCGUCGAGGUCGAGCUCUAAGGAAGUUGGCCAAGCAGCUAAACGAGGGCACGGUGGGGAUCUCGCCACGGUCGCUCCAGUUUUACAUCAUGCCGUUCGCCAUGACAGCUCUGCUGGAUGAGAAGAUGCUGAAGCACGAGAACAUGACGUCGGCGUCAGUGGAGGUGGUGGGCGCUGUGUGUCGCCGGCUCACUUGGUCCAAGUACCUCAGCUGUCUGAAGAAUUUCAUUCACAUCCUGCAGACGUCCCAGGUUGAGCAGAAGCUGGCUGUCAGUUUGCUGGUCACCGUCCUUGACGCGUUCCACUUUGACCACGAGACCCUCAGCAAAGAGAUGGAGGCUGCCAAAGCCAGAGAUGCCACAAGCAAUGCACUGGACGUCGAGAAGGAAGAGGAAGCAGCCGACGAAUCGGCGCCAAGCGAUAACGAGGAAGCCAUGGACGUCGACAGUGAGCUCCCUCUGAAAGCUUCUCCAGCAGUCGGCAUGGAAACCACCGACGGAGGAGAGAAGGUCAUCUCUAAAGAAACUGCAAAAAAAAAGCGUCCAUCAGCUUCCAAGCCUGCGCCGGUUUCCUACGGGCUGCCGCAGAGCAAAGAGGACCUGGAGGUGCUCAUCAGCACCAUCUACGAGAGCGUCAAUGGCAGCGUAUUGCCCCGCCUUCAUAAAUGUCUCACAGCGAAGGUCAAGCGUGACGAUGAGCACAAGGCCGUGAAGUCGAAGGAUGUGAAAGAGGAGGAAGUGGCGCGCAUACCGAUAGCCUUCGCCAUGGUCAAAGUGAUGCAGACUCUGCCGCCACACAUCAUGGAGGCUAACCUUCCCGGGAUCUUGAUCAAGGUGUGUGUGCUUCUGAGGAACCGAUUCCAGGAGAUCCGUGAUGUUGCCCGUGGGACUUUGAUAAAGAUCAUGGAGACGCUGGGCUGCCGCUACCUGCACUAUCUGCUUAAAGAGAUGCAGGGCAUCCUCGUCAAAGGCUAUCAGGUCCAUGUUCUGACAUUUACUGUGUACCAACUGCUUACGGUGCUCAGUCCAACCCUGAAAAGCGGCGACCUCGACCCGUGUAUGAAAAUGCUCAUUGAUAUCUUCAACAACGAGCUGUUUGGCGUCAUCGCCGAGGAAAAGGAGGUGAAAGGCAUCGUCUCCAAGCUGAUGGAAGCGCGGCACAGCAAGAGCAUGGACUCCUACCAGCUUCUAGCCCAGUUCUGCAGCAAGGAGAGCAUCACUGAACUUAUUCUGCCACUGAAGGAGAUCCUGGAGAACUCCUCCAGCCUGAAGGUGUGUCACCGGGUUGCCGCUGUUCUGCGACGCAUCAUUCCGGGUCUGCUCCUCAACACUGGCAUGACCUCCCAGGAUGUCCUGCUGCUGAGCCACGGCCUGAUCAGCCAGAGCCUGCCUCUGCUCACUAAGAAGGACCGGGAGAAAACAUCAGCUCAACCUCCCCCAGACCCUCGACUACCCCCUCCUAGCUGCCUGCUCCUUGCACCAACGCCAAAGAGAGGGGGCAAUAAAGCUCCGGUUAGCAGACGGACCAACAUGCACAUCCUGGUGGAUGCAGGUCUUAAGCUGCUACACAUGAGCCUGAAGAAAGCCAAAGUGACAUCAUCUGAGAAGUCGGCUCUUCAGAUGUUGGACCCUUUUGUGUCGCUGCUGCUCGAGUGCCUCGACUCCAUGCACGUCAAGGUGAUCACGGAGGCCAUGGUGGCGUUCACAUGGCUGCUGAAGUUCCCUCUCCCGGCUGUGAACAAAAAUAGCAGCCAGCUGACCACGCAGCUUUUUGUCUUGCUGAAGGAUUACUCCAAGGCUGGAGCCGCCCGUGGGGAGAACUAUCUCCUGGUCCAGAACUGCUUCAAGACAAUCACCAUAUUGGUGAAAAAUGUGAACAGCAGCAAGAUAUCACAGACCCAGCUGCAGGUGCUGCUGGGAUACGCCGAGGAGGACAUCUAUGACCAAUCACGGCAGGCUACCGCCUUUGGCCUCCUGCUGGCCAUUCUGUCCAGGAAGCUCAUCGUUCCCGAGAUGCAGGAGUUGAUGAAGAAAGUGGCCAAGCUGUCAGUCAACGGAAGCAACUCCAUGAUCCGAGUCCAUUGCAGACGGAUCUAUCUCAAGUACCUGCUGGACUAUCCUCUGGGGAAGAGGUUGCAGGAACACAUGGACUUUAUUGUGAGUCAGCUGACCUAUGAGCAUGACACGGGCAGGGAGUCUGCGUUGGAGAUGCUCGCCUUCGUCUUCCAAUCAUUCCCUCAGAAAAUACUACUGCAGUACACCGACCUCUUCUUCGCUCCACUGGCGCUGGUUAUUGUCAAUGACGACUCUGCACGUUGUAAAAAAAUGGCCGCCCUGGCCGUCAAGACCUUCCUGUCUAAGGUGGACGCUGACACGCAGAACUACCUGUUCUCCUUCAUAUGCACCUGGCUGAAAGCAGAGAAGGUGAAUCUGCAGCGUCUGGGUACUCAGCUGUGUGGUCUGUUUGUGGAGGUGGAGGGGGAGAAUUUUGCUAAGCGCCUUGGAGAACUCCUGCCUCUCCUGGAGAAGGAGAUCAACCCUGACAAAUAUGACGAUAUUGAGGAGGAGACGGACGAGAAAGGAGCAGACAGGCUGCUGUUCAGUUACCUCACUCUCAUCACCAAACUCAUCAAACACUGCGGUCUGCUGGAGCUCACCGAGCCCCGUGACACCCUCGCCCAUAUUUGGGGUCACAUCGAAGCCCACCUGCGCCACCCUCACUGCUGGGUAUGGCUGACCGCCUCGCAGCUCUUCGGGCAGCUCUUCGCAGCCCGGCAAGCGGAUGAGCUGGUGGCAUUGUGGAAAGAAGAAGGGGGCGGGGAUUCGCUUUCACUCGUGGCCAUCGCUUUCAUCACCACCAAUUUGGACAAGAAGAUGAGAGAGUUGGCGUUAUCGUUCUGUUAUCAGUUGCAGUCCAAAUUCUUGGACACGGCGUCUGGAGAGCAGGUCGUCAAGAACCUCCUUUUCGUGGGCAAGGUCAUCUACCUCCUUUCCCCGGAGUCAAAUAUAGCUACCCUUGAGGAGGAAAUGGAAGAAGAGAAAGAGGAUGAAGAUGUGGAGGACCAAGAGGAUAAAAAUGAGGAGGAGGAGGAGGAGGAAGAAGACGAAGCCGACAAAGACAACAAACCUCCAUCGCUGCUUUGGCUCAUGAAGAAGCUGUCGCUGAUGACCAAGAGAGAGGCGGCAAAUACUCCAAAAGUUCCCCUCAAGAGAACCUGCGUGUUUAAAUUCCUGGGAGCGAUAUCCAUGGACCUGGGGAAGGAGCGGAUCGGCCCCUACUUGACAACAAUCAUCCCGCCUCUUUACAGAGAACUGGACAGCACCUAUGCAGACCAAGACCCCACACUGAAGAACCUGGCUCAGGAACUCAUCGAGCUCUUAAAGAAACAAGUAGGACUGGAGAAGUUCUCUCUCGCCUUCUCAGCAGUCCAGAAGCAGUUUUCAUUAAGGCGGGCUGCACGUAAGCGACAUCGAGCCCUGCAGGCCGUGGCUAACCCCGAGAUCGCCGCAAAGAAGAAACUGAAGAAGCACCAAAAUAAAAUAGAGGCCAGAAAGAGGAAAAUCGAGUUCCUUCGGCCUGGAUAUAAAGCGAAGAAGCACCGCAGCCAUGCUCUCAAAGACCUGGCCAUGGUGCAGUGAGUCCAUAUUAGGCGGCCAUGUUUAUACCCCAAGUCUCUCAACACUGCUAAAUGAAACUUGACUUGUGGCUUAAUUAUGUCAGCUGAUGAAGAUUUUCCUUUUGUAAAUGUUUUCUUUGUAUUAUAAUGUAUAACUUUAAAAAAAAAUCACAAAUCCCAACUAAAAAGUGUCUGUACACAAAUGUGACAUCAGGUCUUUACUGUGAAUCAUCAUCACUGUACAAGCAGAUAUAAAUAUGCAACCAUAAAACCUUUGAGCAUACAGUUAGUGU